GCCAAAAUGGAAGACCCAUAUAAGUCUGACCACAAAAUCCAAAAGGAAGAAAAUCAGAAGCUUAUCCAGAUGGAUCCUUCCAAAUCAGUUCUCGAUCUCAGCCAACUGUUCGAUAAAUAAGGAAGGGGUUCGCUGUGGAUACUGAGGGUCUAAGGAUAAGACCAGCUUUAGAGUUGGAUUUGAGAGACUUAUCGAGAAAGGAUUCAUUAAACACGGCUCUACUUCUGUGGAAAAAGAGUGAAAUGAAAAAUCUUGUUGCCACAUCUUAAAUUCUAGAGUCGACAUCACCGAGUUCAAAAUCUCCAAACAGCAAAAAUAAACACAUGAAGAGGUUCAAUCAGUACAUGAAUGGGCAGAGAGAAUUAAAAAUAGAGCAUGACAGCUAUAAACUUCGCAAUGACAAACAAAUGAUCAUCUGAUUAAUCAUAAGGAACAUUUUUGAGAAAGAUAUUGCCAAUAUAGAAAUUUGGGUCAGAAAGUCUUUCAUUGAUGCACUUAACUCAGACGAUCAGCAAAUAAGCAGUGCUCUCACUGAAGACCUAAAGGGCAUGCUCAAGCUGAGAAUCAAGAUUGAUUUCUCUGAAGAAAUCUACAAUCUCGAAAGCUUCACAGAACAAGAGGAGGUCCAACUAGUCAUGACUUGAAACCUCAAAGCACUCUUGGCAAAGCACAAGCUUGAUAAUGACUUCAUGAGUGCCUUCUUCCCUGUCUUCAUGAGCAAUCUGAGGGAAGACCAAGACCUCUGCGAACUAUAUGAGAUAACUGAGGAUGAACAAACAAAGAGUCAAUGAGAGAGUACCAGAACAUUCUUGAGAGGAAUACUGGCGAAACCUAAGUAUAGGCCUAACAAAUUUGGAGAGAAGAGGUAUAAACCUACUGGGGAAGAAGCUGAAAUAUCAAUCCAAGCUGGGGAAAGCAGGGAUUAUACCGAGUUCUUUAAGGAAUUCUGCCCGAACCCUGUUCCGAAGGAAGAAAGGAAGCAUCAUUACACAGUUUCGUUGCAUCCAGCUAUGUUUACUGAUGAAUCUUUUGAGAUUUACAAACUGUUUCAUGAAGAUAUCUUUGAUGAGGACUGAUUUUCUGCCAGUUAUGAGAAGUUUAUUUGAAGCCCUUCUCUGUUUGACCCCAAAGAUCCUAGAGAAAUAAAGACUUUCAGAGAUAGCAUAAACAUCAAUGGAGACAGCCAAUUUGUUGAUUCAGGAGUCUAUCCUGAGUUCUUUGGAUCGUAUCAUUUGUAUCAUAGGAUAGACGGGGUUCUGUUCGCUGUUUCUAUCAUUGAUAUACUCCCUCAUAAUCUCACCUCAAUCUAUUGAAUGUAUCACCCUUCUUACAAGUUUUUAUCUCCAGGCCAUUUUACUGCUAUUCGAGAAGUUGAAUAUAUGCUGAUGAUCAGAGAGAAGUUCAACCAAAAUAUGAGGUACUACAGCCAGACAGAUUAUGUUGUUGGGUGACCAAAGACUGAGUACAAACAGAACAUGAAACCAACUUAUCUAAAAUGCCAAGCGUCUUUGGACUGGGUGCUCCUCACUCAGAAAAUUAAAGAAAAGAUUGCAUCCAAGGAAUACCACACUCUCGAUGAGUCCUCAGUCCCUGUGGAAGUUCCUGACAUUGGCAAAUUUUGGGAAUUCUUUAACCAAUCCUUGGUUCACACCCAGGACGGAGUAGUUCCGCUGAAAUCAGUUUCUAAGGAUAUGCUUGGGCCUUUGGUGGAGAUAUUUAAGGAAAUUGGACCAGAAAUAAGUGAGAUGUUUUGACUUGAAAUUAAAUAG